AUGGAGGAGCAAGAGGUGUGGAGCGAGCGGCCCUUGUCUCUGGAGGACCUCUUCGCAGGAUCGUCGCUUCUGACAGUCGCCUUCUUGGCCACGGCCCUCUACGUCAUCAUGCUGAGCAUCAUGCGCAAGCAGGACAAGGUGAGGUGCCACUUCCUGACGCCUUGAGGGACGUCUUGGCGGAAAUGUGGCAGGAAACUCGAUGUGAUAUUCGAUACACAGUGUGACGCUGCACUGGCUCUGCAACACGGAGGCGAGAAAAAAAAAGAAACGCGACGGAGAAUAUUCAAAUAGUUUCUAGCGCAUAUUUGGGCCGUGAAUUUUUCAUGCACCCUUCUUUUUUUGCUCUUCCUCUUUCUGCCGCGUUUUCUUGAGAAUAAAAAAGUCCUGUCCCUGGGGAAAGACAAUCUUUUCGACUUUUGCCGUCUGGCCAAAGUUUAGCCAAGCUUGAAUCUCUCUUUUUUUGACCGAAAAAAACGCACCUGGCGUUCAAAAAUGCUCAAAUUGAAUGACGGAAAAGAGGGAAAAGUCGCAAUUUUUACGAGUCAAGGCGUUCAGAGGAAACUUUGUUGCCAAAAGAGAAGUCUAAGCAAUGGAAAGUUUAAAAAAAAAUUGCCGUUAAGAAAAAAAUAAUCAAUUAUAUUUUUUUGAGAAGCGUUUUUUAAAGGCUUUGGUAGAAAUGUCGAGUUUGUUAAACUAUAACUAAACUUUACUUUGGUUUUCAUAAAGGUUUUUUUGUUUAAAAAAAGUUCAAAAAAAUAUUUUUUUGAUGUUUUAACUCCAUUUAUAAAAGCUUGCUAGUUUGUUCAAAGAACUUUUUGGAAUUCAAGCGGUUUUUAUGAUCAAAACUAUAUUGAGACAUUCCAAAUGCGACCACUUCGUUUCAAGUCACGGGAUGACUUGCCGAUCGGAAACAACAUCGGCUUUACAGGAAGUCGUGGGCUACCGAUUCCUGUUCUCGGCAGGCUGUGCCGACGUGCUGCUGCUGUUCAACUACGGCGUCUGGCCGGCGCUGACGAUUCUCUUCAAGUCCGAGCUGAUCCCCAAGUCGCUGCGGCACUGGCAGCAGGUUGGUCUCGACCCGUGCUCCCAGCAGCCGUCGAUUGCAGCUCUACCUGGACUGGGCGUGGUUCUCGAUGGUGUCGCACUACUCGGUGGUGAGCUGGUCGAGGUGGAUGGCGAUCCGACGGCCGCUCGCUUUCCGCAACCAGCCCCGCAGGACUUCCUACACUCUCUGUGGCCUUUGCUACCUUCUCGCCCUAGUCGUGGUUGGUGUUCUCUUUCAAUUCUUCCGGCUUUUUUGGCACUCUUAUGCUUCUCCUGAUAGAUUGAAUGACAUUUCAUCAGAAAAAAAAAACAAAGAAAGAAAGAAAUCCAAGACGAAGAAAAGCAUUUUUCAGCUUUUCCUACAGCAGUAGUAUUAUGGGUCUUUUAGGAUCCUAGUGGACACUGAAAUUUGUUCUUUCUCUAUGUUUUUUGAACUUCAGGGAAAUCUGUUGUGAGUGAAGCAUACAGUAAACUUCAUAUGAGCUAGCGAUUAAUUUAUGACUAUUUAGGCUUAAAAUAUCUCUAUUUCCAUCGUUCCGGUCGAAAGUUUGCCUCAUCAAUCAGAUCGAUCAUUUGUUUUUUUUUUUGUUUUAGUCAUGAAUGUAAUCGAUUAGACGGUGAAAAAGAACUGUUAAAGCUGUAACAAACGACUGCUACUAGCGUGUUAGAAGUCCAAAUGUGUAGUUGAUCAAGUUGGACGCAUGGUCCUUCGCAUCAUCUUCUGCGCUUAGUGAUAAGUUUGAGGAUCCGAUUUCAGUUAUACUUUCCUUUUUAUGAAUAGCCUUUUUGCAGGUAUUAUCGACUCACUUCCAACCGUGGUACGUGACCUUCUACUACGAGCCGUCGUCCUACGGGAUGCUCGCUGAAAACUUCCCGUUGUACCUGUCCGGAGGCCAAUCCGCAAUGUUCCUCGCCUGUCACUGCACGGCCAUCCUGCCUCCAAUCGUCUUCUACACGUUCGUAAACAAACCUCUGGACCAGACAAUAUUUCCUUGUUUUCUCAACUAUUUCACUUAAGUACACAUUGAUUAGGUCUUCAGAGAAAGUUCUCUGCUGAAUCAUGAAAUAAUUAAAGAGUUGUUUGGCGGUUCGCGAAACUUUCGUUGAUCAAAAACGGCGAGUAGAUCACAUCGUCUUUUAAGAGAUAGUAGUAGACAAGUUUUGAGCAUUACGACGAACAGCUGUUUCUCCAUGUGGGAAGAGUACGGCGCCCAGCUUGUCCAGGGCUGACGGGCGUCGGAUUAAAUCUCAGACAAUGAAGACCGACCACGGGAGGUGGAAUUAAGAUAAUGUUCUACGAACUUCCUUGAAAGUUCAAUAACGCAUAAUUUUUAAAGUUUUCCUAUCACUUUUCUUCUCAGAUGGUCAAUCGCCCUUCUCUACAGCCGAAAGAAGCCAAAGUUGUUGGUACACGUGGCGCAGAACAACAUUGAGAGCAGGUAAACUUCAAUUUUUUUGAAUAUGAUUAAUGGAAAAAUGGGGAAUAUUGAUGACAGAAAGAUGCGUAAGUAGAGUAGAGAAAGGAGAGAAAAGGUUUAAUCGAUAAUUAUGUCAUUGAUGUGGUUGGGUAAAGUUUUAGUGUCACAAUCUUUCCCUUACAAAGAACCUCAAAAACUUUGAUCGUACUAUAGUCCGUCCGCCGCGACUUGACAGUUUUCGAAUUUCUGUGUCUCUCUGUUCCCUCAUCGGCGAAGUCACAGAAAAGCGAAAAUAGCGCGUCAACAAGAGAGGGUUGUCGAGAGACGAGGAGGGCGCAGAGAAGUCCUGCCCUUUCAAGUCGCGAAAAACGGACUAUAUGAAUCAAACUACUUUCAAUUCGUUUCAGUCAAAAGAACGGUAUGAGUUCAGACUUCUGCUGCCCUGUCUGAUCAACGUCGUGACUUUUGUCAUCGGACAAGUCGUGAUUACGGUAGGAACAGGCGAAGGCAAAUGGGCUGGGUAUACGGUAAUGCUCCUAUUUGCCGCCAACUCCGCGAUGAACCCCUUGCUACUCCUCAUUUGCUCCAAAUCGAUACGGUAGGCUUCUGAGUUUGUUUUUUUUUCCGAAAUAAAUGUUUUGCAGACAACAAGUUCUUGACGCGCUGGAGUUCUCCAAGGGUCCUCGAACUACCCUUUUUGAGAAAGAACAGCUGUUAUAGGUACGACUUUCAAGUUCAAAUGAACUGAAAAAGGAAUUUCACUUUGGGGAUUUCGAAAAAUUAAGUCAAACCUUAAAAUACAUAUGUUUCCUACACUCUGGAAUCAAAUCCUGUUUCAUGUUUUUGGUAAAUUAAAAAGGGAACAAAAAUUUUUUAAGCGAUAAAUUAAAUAAAAAAAAAUAGUCGAGAAAGAAAUCUCAAUGAGAUUUGAUAAAUUGGUCUAUGUGAUUCUUAAGAGUUAUAUAUUUUCAUGUGAAAAUCUUAAUUUUGCAAAGUUUGAGACUGAUUUGUAAAAUGCAUUAGUCAGAGAGAAUAAUCUUCUAUAGCCUGUGUACCACGACUUGAAAUUUCACCAAACGACAUUCCGCUGUGUCGCUGAGCGUUUUUGCGAACCUUGGUCGCGCUUUUUAUUUUUUUUUUCUUUUAUCAAGGUACUCUACUUUCAUGUGCUCCCACAACAAUAACGAUCAGUUGAAAGCGUGACCUAAAUUCGAAAGACGCUUCGCGAACACACGCAGCGGAACAGCGGAAUGUCGUUCCGUGAAAUUUCGAGUCUUGGCACACAGACUAUACAACAAAAGAUUAUAUGGCUUCUCUCUUUUUAUCGAAAAGGGUGGCAGUGGAAAGCUUUUACAGACCAGAAAGACUUGAAACAAGAUAUCAAAUAAAUAAACUGGGGGUUUUAUAUGAAAGAGUUUUUGUGUAAAUGCAGGAAUAAUAUUAAUCAGCAUAGAUUUAUUCACUGCAUACGGUAUAAAAAUAGUUAGUUAGAAUAAACACAAGAUAAUAAUGCAGUAAAAAAAAAACCAAAAACGCGAUUUAGCCCGCCCUAACGAGUAUACUCUGACCCGGAGUUAAAUAGGAAUUUUAAUUUUUAACUCUAACAGGCAAACGGGAAGGAAUAGAUUUGUAGAAAGCGGUGAUUUCACUACUACACAAUAUUUUAAGGCUUCUCAGUUUCCUUUCUUUCUGAAGAAUUGAAUGAUCUCACAAACCUUCAGAAAUCAGAGAGGCUAUGAAUCACUCUAAUAAUUGAUGAUUUCACUGAAAAUAGAGUUGAAAGUUCGAUUGAGCACCACAAUUUGCAGAAACGAAGCGAAUUCUGCGAUGGAGUCUUGCGUGACGUCAGAGAAGCCAACGAGACGAUACCUUUUCUUGACCUUGCCUUCUUCCACGCCACCUUCCACAGCUCUUUGA